ACUGAGAAAGCGAUGGUAGGGAAAAACAAAACUGACCGCAUCUCCGGGACUGACGGGAUAAGUGACGAAUGAACAGGUAGAGUAACGAGCGUUUCGACAAGUAGGAGAAAAUAAUUCUCCCAACCAUAACAGAAACCUAAUCCAGACGAUAAUCGGAUGCCUGUAACGACCGACAUCUUCCAUGGGAGUGCAUGUUUAUGAACUUUAGCUUAGCUAGCCGCUAUGACAGCCAGCGAGGCUAACUUCAACGCUGGUGAACGCUAGCUGUGAAUGAUAGAGGAAGCCAGGGCACUGCUCACUGCUAGGGUUUAUAUUCCACAGCUUCAUGUCAAGUUGGGAUUGUUGACAAGCCAAAAUAUGUUCGGGAAGAAGAAGGCACCGAUGCCCAAGGGUCACGGAGCUGCUGCAGCCAAAAAGAUGGGUCUGUUUGUUGACAUGAGCCCAGAGGAGAUGCUUAUGGGAAUGGACGAUAACCUGGACGACCCGUCCCUAGAGGCAGAGCUUGCUGCAAUCACUGGGGACAAACCCCCUGCUGGUGGGAGGGCAAAGCCGAAGGGCAAAGCCCCUUUGCCAAUGGAAGACAUCGCAAGAAUGGCCGACGACUGUAUGAAAGACUUGGACGAAGAGGACGACGAUGAUGACCUGGAAGAUGACGAGGAUCUUCUGGCCGAGUUACAGGAAGUGGUUGGUGAGGAGGAAACGGGGGAGGCCAUGAAGGCGGACUCCACUUCCACUGUCACUGCAGAAUCUUCUCCAGCGAACACACCAGGGUCCCCGACAGCGCAGGAGCCCUCCUCAGCCCCAGGCAGUCUGCAGCGCACCCUGGAGGAGAGGAGAGCCAUGUACAAGACGGCCCUGGAGAACGCCAAGGCCGCCGGAGAGUCCUCCAGAGUGAGGCGAUACGACCGAGGCUUGAAGGCCCUGGAGACCAUGUUGACGGCGGUGACCAAGGGCCGCAGCGUGAACGAGGCAGACGUCCCCCCUCCGGUGUCCACCGGGGCCCCCCAGUCCCAGGGGCCUGCCCCACCGCGCCCCGCGGACCCCCAGCACGCCCCCGCAGACCAGCAGGGAGAGCCAAGCAAGGAAGAGGAGUGCUCUUCGUCCACCCUGAGCAGCCUGUCGUCCCCUGUGGCGGAGGCAAAGACACCCACGGUGGAUGAGGCAACCAGGAACAUGCUGCUCGAGAGGCAGAGGGAGUACAGGGUGGCCGCGCUACGGGCCAAGAAGCAGGGAGCAGUGGAGCAGGCCAAGCUCUACGUGAGGACCAGCAAGAAGUUUGAUGCAGUGAUGGAGGCGCUGGAGCACGGAACGGCCGUGGACCUGAGCGGCUUGCCGCCUCCCCCACCACUGGAUGAAGGAGGGAGCUCAGCUCCAGCUAAGGAGUCUUCUGUGGCACAACCCUCUGAACCAGUGCCUGCGGCAGCCCAGGCAGCGGGCCCCCCCACGGCCCCCCCCACGGCCCCCAGGGACGUGCUAGAGGCCCUGGAGCAGCGGAGGGCCAAGUACGCCGAGGCCAGCGCCCAGGCCAAGGCCGGCGGGGACGACCGCAAGGCCCGCAUGCACGACCGCAUCGCCAAGCAAUACCAGAGUGCCAUCCGAACACACAAAGCGGGGAAGCCGGUGAACUUUGAGGAGCUCCCCACCCCACCGGGCUUUCCUCCAAUCCCUGGCCAGAAGGGGGCGGGAGCUGAUCAGGGAUUGGCUGCUGCGCUGGAGACAGCCAAUCAGCUUGCCACGACCGACCCUGCAGAUGUGGAUGAGGACGGAGAGGAGGACCAGGUCUCUCCCACCAAGCCCACCAUGGCGGUGCCCCCCAUGGUGCAGCCACAGCGGAAGAAGUCCAGCGCUUCCUCCCCUGUCAGUGAAUCUGCCAAAGAGGGCCUUUCACCCACAGGCACACAGCAGCUGGACUUCCUGGAGGGCCGCAGGAAGCAGUACAUGAGGGCAGCUCUACAGGCCAAGCAGAAGAAGGACUUGGAGCAGGCUAAGGGCUUCCUCCGCUCCGCCAAGGCCCUGGAGCCCCUGAUAGAGGCGGCACGGGCCGGAAACCCCGUGGACAUCAGCAAGGUGCCGUCGCCCCCUGGUGACGAGGAUGAGGACUUCAUCCUCGUGCACCACAGUGAUGUGCAGCUCUCGGAGAAGGCAGAGGAGGUCUACGCACAGCUCCUCAAGAUCCUCAAGGAACAACACGAGAAAUGUCGGACCUACUCCAAACAAUUCACACACCUGGGGAACAUCACAGAGACGACAAAGUUCGAGAAGAUGGCCGAGAGCUGUAAGAAGAACCUGGAGAUCCUGAGGCUGUCGCAGGCGCGGGGGCUGGACCCCCCCAAGCACCACUUUGAGGAGAGGACCCAUCGCACCGUCAGGAUCUUCCCGGAGCUCAGCAGUACUGAGAUGGUGGUGGAGUUGGUCAAAGGGUUGAAUCUACCCGCUCCUAGUGGUAUCCAAGCAAAUGACCUGGAUGCAUACGUCAAGUUUGACUUCCCCUAUCCAAGCACAGAGAAACCUCAAUCCCAUAAAACGGCGGUCAUCAAAAACAACAAUUCACCAGAAUACAACCAGAGCUUCACGCUGACCAUCAACCGCAACCACCGGGGCUUCAGGAGGGUGCUGCAGUCCAAGGGCCUCAAGCUGGAGGUCCUGCACAAGGGGGGGUUCCUGCGCAGCGACAAGGCGGUGGGCUCGGCCGUGGUGAAGCUGGAGCAGCUGGAGAGCCAGAGCGAGAUCAGGGAGAUCGUUGAGGUGAUGGACGGCCGGAAGCACACAGGGGGCCGCAUCGAGGUGAAGGUGCGUCUGAGGGAGCCUUUGAGCGGACAGGACCUGCAGACCUCCACGGAGCGCUGGCUGGUGCUGGACCAGUCGCAGGUUCUUCUUUAGAUGUUGCCGCGAGACUGAAGACGCCCUCCAAGACUCAAGUCGCCUCUCCUCGGAGGCGUUUGUGGAGGCUUGGGAAGAGGAGGGAAGAGAGCCAGAGAAUUCAAAGGAGGAAGAGGAGAAGGACAAUUCCGAUGUCUUCAGACACUUUCACUGACUUUCUGGGACGCCGUCGGCUGCUGAGAAACACACACGCACACGCACACAAACCCACACACUCGCACACCUGCCAGAGGGCGGUUAUAGUGUGUCCUCCCAACUGAAUCGCCUGGCUUCCUUUCCUCUUCGCUGUGUACGUUCUCACCUAGUUAAUCAAGUUCAACACAAUGCCAUAGAAUAUGCAUUUGCAGCGCUAGCACACUUCUUCCACAGUUUUCAAUUUCAGCCAUAAUUGCUCCGUUACCGCCAUACGCUUACACGUCAGGGAGAGGUCUGACUUCGGCCAAUAGCGGCUUGCCACACGCGCGCGGCUGUUACAAUGCCCGCCGUUGGCCGGAGAAUGACGAUUCGUUCAGCGAGUGUUGUGAACGAGCCGGUGAACGGUUAAAAGAGGCUUAUGAGCAAGGUGACCUGAAGCUUGCUCUCCUCUCUCACACACACACACACAUGCACGCACACUUUCGACACACACCCCCAACACCAAGAUCAAGCCCUAGAGACAGCAGUCAACCGGGGUCACUGCUGCUGAAGUAGUGAAAUACCGUCACACACUGAAGGGUUGUAUGACGUUACCUGGCACCUGUCUGGGCCAAUCAGAAAGCAGCGUUAACCCAGGUGUGACUGAGCACAGUGCUGCCCCUGGGUUUGAUGUUUGUUGAUAAGAGGGCAGAGACUCGACGGGGAGUUCAGUCUGAACCGGCUGCCUGUAGAUGAGCUUGUUUGUGUUGAAGAGUGUGUUAUUAUCGUCUCUGGACCCUUAGAAUUUGCACUUCUGCACUAAUACCAAAGUAAUCACUGUUGCUGUAAAAAACAAAUAAUGCGAAUUCGAAAGGGCCUUUGGGGGCCACUUUGGUAACCAUAACAACGUGUGUGUGACUGGACAUGGAAAAGUUCAGCUUUGUUGCGGGUAUUUGAGACCCCCCCCCAAUCUGCCGUCUCAUAUAUAUAUAUAUAUAUAUAUAUAUAUAUAUAUAUAUAUAUAUAUAUAUAUAUAUAUAUAUAUAUAAAAUCUAUUUAUCAAUGGAAGUGGGGGGGUUCUUAACAGAGACAGAGCAAUGUUCAAAGGAUAAUAUAAGUUGGCGGUACUAUAAAAGGUUUCAUGUGAUUUGUUCAUAGUAAUUAAAAUGGCACAAUGUGUUUCAAGGCACGGACACCUUUAAUGUCUUUUCACUGUUGAGCCAAGUUGUGUCUGUCCACGGGUGGGGUCGCCAAGGUGUCUGCCGUGGGUGACCUUCACCCGGUACGUAUGGGUUUCGCUCUUGUCGGUUGUUGUGUUCUCUCGCUUUGAAAGGUUUACAUUUUGUAGCACUUAACUGCACAUCCGAAUCACUAGGGGGCCCUAAUGUUCACGGAUCUUAGAUGAGUUUUAAAUGUUGUGGUCGUCCCCUGAUAUCCUAACCUACAUCAUCAGUGCAUUCGAGCUCAAAUGGAAAACGCAAGCGUGUGUUGCUUUGCAGAUGGCUGGAUGGCUGUUGGAUCUAGGCUGGCAAAUUCUUAAAAAGAAAAAUUCAGACAAAUUCCUUUACACCGGUCCAUAAAAUACAGACUUUGAGCCAAUACAGAUUCAUUUCAACCAACUAUACCUCCGCGCUGUCACAGUUUUCACCAACCGUGUCACUAUUGUCACAACGUUUUCCAAUGACUCUUUGUUGGCGUCUCAACGUUAUGCUUUAUUUAAAGGUUUUUGAUCUUUAUCUUCCUUUACUCAUUCUUUGGUGAUGAGGAGUAACAUUCUUACGAAAGAUAUCGGUUGUAGUCGAAAUUGUAUGUGUAAACAGAUUGAAAUUGAACUUUUACAAUUGAAGCGAUUUUAUUUUUGCACACUUAAAUCAUAGAAGAGAAUAGGCUCUUAUUUUGAUGAGAAACAGUGUCGAAUGACGCUGUUUAAGAGGUUUGGAUGAAAAUAAUAAGAAAACACCAUCUUCUCAAUUUUGUAUAAGUCUUUAUUAUACAUAUACUACAUGUUUCUUUUGCUAAAGACUGCGAUUGAAAAUGUUUGUAGUGUAAUGAACAUCAACAUGUUUAGUUUUUUUUGGCUUACCGUACAGUUCAUCUCGACUGAGAUCAAAGAUAAAUAAAAUAAAGACGAUUUUAACAACACCCAGUAAUUGGAGGGAUU